AAGAGGUAUUUUUAGUCAUAUAUUUGAUUUGACAGAAUGUGGACAAAAGUAGCAGAAAGUAUUAUGCAAGUUUUUGCAAGUACUGAAGCGAAACCCACCAAUAUUCAGUUUGUAUGCAAAUCCAGAAUGAAGAGUGUGCUCACCACAAAGCUACAAAUACAUAUGUCAAAUUACUGUGACAUUAUCUGCUAAAAGGCAAAGAUUUUGUACUUGUUUCUGAGUCUUUUGUUCACAGUGAUGUACUGUGGUGUGUUCUGCUACGCCUUGCAUUGAUGAAAACUCAUUACAUGUUUUUUAAAAACCUUUGUACUGACUGCAUCACCAGAAUGUAGUUUCAUGUGGUUACAUAAUGAUCUAUGAUGAAUUAAUGAGCACUUCUGUCCAUUGCAGUCUCAAAGUUUCCUUAAAUGACCCUUACUUAGAUGCAUCACAUCCUAAUUCCUAUUUGUGUGUUCUGACAAGUGACCUCUUCAAAACCACCACAAUUUUAAACUGAUAUGGUAAUUCAGCUGAUGUGUGGGGGGUAUAUUCUUUGUGGUUGGCUUGCACGGCUUGUUCUAUGUUUCUCACUCUCUUUUUCUCCCACUGCCACUCUCUCUUAUAUGCACAGACCAACACACAUACACACAUUGCACAUACUACUUAUCUGUCAGGAAAUGUCAGGAAAAAAGAGCAUCUUGACAGGUUCCUGUUAAACCAACUCUUUCAUGGUGCUUGCUGUGUCAUACUUGGCGGACAUCACACAAAUAACUGCAUCCCAUCCUAAAACAUGUUCAUUCAUCUGUAUAGCUUAUUUAACUGGAGCCAUUUCAUUUUAAUGCAUGUAUCACUGCCGUGCGAGCGCCAACAAAGUGACACAGUUGGUGAUAUUUACAACUUACAAAGAUAUUUUUUCCCAUCACUCUGACAGCCACUCAAGUCGGAAAUGGUUAACAUAUUUUCUUGUGAUUAGAUGCUUGUGUGAGAUUAAAGUGGGGUUUUUUUAUGUCUUUUUCUUUCUUUGGCUUGACUUUUGAGUUGCUGAAAAUUACUAGUGCAAUUUUUGAGCACAAUUUCACUUGAUUUCGUGGAUAGAUGUAGCAUAUUGAAUUUCACAACCAAAAACCACACAAGCAACUGAAAAGAUAACCAUUAGAAACUGAGAAAAAAAAGCUCUCUGCAGAGUGUUAAAGUGUAGUUGUGUUGUGCAAAAACAGAGAUGAAUUCAGCAAAUCUAAUCUAAGAGACCACUGUAUAUACUUGGAAGUAGUGAGUGGUGAAGUAAUGUGAAACAGCACACAUUAUAGACAUGUAACAUACACUUUAAACACAACCAUAACUAUACUUAAGAGAGAGAUUAUGUCAGGCUGAAGUGCUGCAGGGCACUUGGUUUCUUCUCCCUUCAUGUUGCAGUACAACACUGAUGCAACUUCCCUAUCAGUUUGUCUGUGUCAGCCACCAUGAGUCAACUCCCUUCAGAGAAGAAAAAAAGAAAAAUAUCUUUCUGGUGGCCACGAUACGGUGAAAUAUGGACGUACAGUUUCAGUCAACUGGCUCCAAUUGGUCGGAGACAAAGAGGGGAGAUGGUACAUCAAUGUAUUGAUUAUCCAUUGUCAGAGUUUACUGACCUCUGCUCAAGUUAGUGAUCUGAGAAAACACUGGGUUGCAACAAAUGAGGAAUGAGUAAACAAUGCUUCACAGAAUAGGGAACACAGCUGUCUAUUCAUGACGGUACAGACAAAACUAAUAGGUAUUGUCACUCUAGUGUGAAGAAAUGUCACACUCCUGGUUAGCAGGGAGUGACAGAAGCUUCUGGUAGUGUUACAGUUCAUAUGAUAGAAGGAAGUGCUCACAAGCUGAAAAUAGGCUGAGCUGAAGUGCAAACACGUCUUCCAGAGACUAACAAACAGUGAGCAUUCAGCUGUGUGACAAGGAUCUGAAGUCUCUGGUGUUGUAGAGGCAUUGCCUGGACUCUGUCUAGAGUGGAUCAAUUCUGACUAAAUCAUGUCAGACAGUAUAUUGGAAGAAAUCUUCAUUAAAAGAUCUCAGCAGAAGAAGAAGACAUCCCCUUUGAACUACAAGGAGAGAUGGUUUGUUCUCACCCAGGAAAAAAUAGCCUACUAUGAUUUUGAUCCCGACAAAGGGAAGCGAAAAGGUUUGAGAGGAUCGGUUGACCUGGAGAAGAUCAAGUGUGUAGAGAGUGUCCAGCCGGAGCCCAAUUGCCCGGUCGAGCGCAUUUAUGCUUUCCAGAUCAUUUAUGAUGAAGGGCCGUUGUACGUCUUUGCAAAGAAUGAAGAUAUUCGGGAUAAUUGGAUAAAGAAGCUAAAAGAAAUGGUGCGCUUCAACAAGGAUCUGAUGCAGAAAUACCAUCCUUGUUUCUGGGUCGAUGGGGUGUGGCUGUGCUGCCACCAGGAAGUUAAACAAGCUAUGGGUUGCAAAGUGCUGGAUAGUAAGAAUGGCUUUACAUCUAAACCAUCUCGGCGAAGGGGAUCCAGGAAACCUCUUCCUCCUACCCCAACAGAGGAGAAGCCUGGCCGGCCUUUACCUCCACAGCCUCUUGAGCCACCUGCACCUUCUGUGGGCAUGACGGUCAUAGCUGAGUAUAACUACACACCCAUGACAGAACAAGACCUGGAGCUGAGGAAAGAUGAGGAGUACACAAUCCUCGAGAAGUCUGACACAAACUGGUGGAGAGCCCGCGACAAAUACGGCAAAGAGGGAUACAUACCUAGUAAUUAUGUUGUGGAAGCAGAAAGUGAACUAGAAAGAUUUGACUGGUAUUGCAAGAAUAUGAACCGUAGCCAGGCAGAAAAGCUGUUAAAGACUGAGAACAAAGAUGGAGGCUUCUUGGUACGGGACUCCAGCAAGGCUGGGAAAUACACUGUGUCUUUGUUCAGUAAGGGUGGAGGGGAAACAGGUGGAAGCUGCAGGCAUUAUAACAUCUGCACCACCCCACAAGGCCUGUUUUAUCUUGCAGAGAAGCAUAAUUUCGGCACCAUCCCAGAGCUCAUCAACUACCACCAGCACAAUUCAGCAGGUAUGGUUAGCAGGCUGAAAUACAUUGUGUCUAACCGGACGCGGCCUCCAUCAACAGCAGGGCUUGGCUAUGGUGUGUGGGAGAUUGACCCCCACCACCUCACCUUCAUCAAAGAGCUGGGCACUGGUCAGUUCGGAGUGGUGAAGUAUGGGAAGUGGCAGGGCGUGAAUGACGUGGCCAUUAAGAUGAUUAAAGAGGGCUCCAUGUCUGAAGAUGAUUUCAUCGAAGAGGCCAAAACCAUGAUGAAGCUUCGCCAUGAGAACCUAGUCCAGCUAUAUGGUGUCUGCACCAAACAAAGACCCAUUUACAUAGUGACUGAGUUCCUUUCAAAUGGCUGCUUGCUGACGUACCUCAGGGAGGGCCUGAAGCAGCACCCAACAACCAUCCAGCUGCUAGAGAUGUGUAAAGACGUCUCUGAGGGCAUGGCCUACCUUGAGUCACAGCAGUACAUCCACAGAGAUCUGGCUGCCAGGAACUGUUUAGUAGAUGGCAAUGGUACUGUCAAAGUGACUGACUUUGGACUGUCAAGAUAUGUCUUAGACGACGAGUACACAAGCUCAGCAGGUUCCAAGUUCCCUGUUCGCUGGUCACCUCCCGAGGUCCUACUCUACUGCAAAUUCAGCAGCAAGUCGGACAUCUGGGCAUAUGGGGUUCUUAUGUGGGAGGUCUAUACUUUGGGCCGCCUUCCGUAUGAACGCCUUAACAAUACGGAAAUAGUGGAUCAAGUGUCGCGAGGCCUGCGCCUCUACCGCCCCCAGCUGGCCAAUGAGAAGGUUUACAGCAUUAUGUCAAGCUGUUGGUGUGAAAAACCAGAUGAGAGACCCACCUUUCAAGAGCUGUCGCUGACUGUUCAGGAUCUGCUGUACGAGCUCCAGUAGAUCUCGAAAUAGACCACACCGACACACAUCCAGACAGUUCACUCUCAUCCCCACAGAGAAGCAUCUCUGAAUGUCACUGGAAAAACAGUUCACAACUUGAACAUGAGACAACUCAGCCACACUGAGGUCCUCUGUAAUGUGAAUAUGCGUAAUGUGAAAACCAUUAUAGCUCAAUGAUAAGAAUAGCUUUCCUAUCACAUAAGUACAGUCCUAUAGAUCAGCAUUUAAAAUGUGUAUAUUUUAUUGAAGGUUGUUGGAUUAAAAAAUAUUGUAUCUGUUUUAACUGUAUUCUGUGGAAUCAUUGUGGAAAGUAGACAACUUUGCAUGUGGAAACAAGCUUUGAAAGAGCAGAUGUAUUGCACAAAUAACAGCCAAGUAUACCAGGCUUUGAAAUUACCGAAAUAUCAUAUGAAAUGAAAAUAACAAAAUAUCUAAUAGGCCUGUUUUAGUGUAACAAUAAUGAUUUUGCAUAGGUUGGUAUAAGAUUGAUCUGUUCAAUCAAAUAAUUUAAAGAUUCUUAUUUAGAACGUCACACAUAAAAAGGGCGACAUGACAACUAUAAUCAGACAUUCACUUCAUCAUUUUUUUAAAGAGUAAAGUACAUAUAAAAAAUAAGAUGUACAUCAGUAAAGUAAAGUGUGAACACACAAAGGUCAAAGGUGAUACAUAAAGACAGAGGAGUGAAAAAUUAAGCUAAAUAAAUAAAUACAUAUCUAUAGUAACCUCUGAAGCAGACUGAAAACAUGUACACAUUUCAAAUCAUUAAAGUUUAACAAACGUGUAUAAUAUGUAUUAUAAUAACUUAUACAUUUAAUAAUGAAUAGUUCAAAAGAUGGGUGGGAUUUAGAAAAUUUGAAUUUGAAAUUUGCCUAAUAAGAUUAAUAGGCCUUUGUAUUUUUGGUUCUUGCUUUCAUUACAUAAUUGAAAGGGUUGUUUGACUGGCAAAUUACUCCUCUGUCUCCAGAAUACUAUUGUAAAAGGGCUUUCACAAAAUAAAUGUUUUAUUGUGUCUUCUUCCUCUUUACAAAAAUCAUAUUUGUUGAUGAUAUAUCUAACUCUUGAUGUGAUGUAUAUCAUGACAUGUUUUGUAUUGUACUUCUCUUAAUUUGUCUGAAAAGUCUGUGUUUUUUUGCCACUAAAUAUUAGAAAAAUGGGAGUUCCACAUUAUUCGUACAUUUAGAUUUCAGAAACUCAUAACUGGAGGAAUUUCUACUAAAAGAUUUUAGCAUUUUCAUUUCAUGAGCUUGCAAGGAAAACAAUGAUUGUGUCAAUCCAAUGCUAUAAAUACAGAGAUUUAUUCUCUCUGGUUAUGUAUUCAAUGUAUUUAUUUUUCCUCAGUGGUUGUGUCGGCAAAAAGUUUUGUACAAAGACAUGGUUUUUCUGCAGUAAGACCUUGUUGAUGAAAUUUAGACAUCUUUUGCAACUGGAAACUAUAAUCAAGUCUCAUGAGAGGUUUCUAAAAAUAAAGGUAAAUAAAUACUAUAAGAAAAAGCAGGCAGAUUGAAUUCUAAGUGUGAAAUGCAGCUCUAAUGAUUAGCUAUUUGUGCAUAUACUCUUUUUGUUUUGAUGACAUUUUAGAGAUUUUGUACAAUAUGUGAACCCAUGAAUAAUUCAUUGAGAAGUAGAGGCAGAAAAUACUG